AUGCCCGGAGCGCCGCUUGAGUCGUUCCUCGACGCUGUUCCGGAGCCGCUGAUCUGCGCGGAGGCAGCGUACCCGCCCGUGAUCGCGUGCGAUGCAGAGCACGUUUUCUGCGAUGGGUGCCUGAAGCAAGUGCGGGACGGCGAAGGAGCGGCGCAGGGAUGCCCGACGUGCAGGCAGCCUUUGCAGGAGCAGCGGGUUAGCAUGGUCCUCAAGCGCGUCCUCGACGGUCUCAAGUUCAAGUGUCGCUACGGAGGGUCGGGAUGCGAAUGGGCGGCGGCUGCUGGCGAAGAAGAGGCUCACGCGAAGGGCGACUGUGACUUCCGCCUGAUCCGCUGCGAGCACUGCAACGGCGACCGUCUCGCCAAGGACUUCCCGCGCCACGCUCACAUGUGCGCCGAGUGGCCCGUCGACUGCUCGAACAAGGCGAACGGCUGCGUCACUUCGAUCAAGCGCGGUCAGGUCGAUGCGCACACGUCUGUCUGCCCGUACAACAAGUGCAUCAACUACGACCAGUGCAACACGUCGACGACUAAGGAGCUCCUCCUCGUUCACGAAGCCGCCUGCACCCGACUCUUGACUCGCCUUCGCGAAGCGGAAACCGCUCGGCGCAACGACUCGAUCACUCGGUACCGCUCCUCAAUUUCGUCGAAGGCACCGGAAGUUGCUGUUGGCGGGGGAAGGGAGGGUCCGCUCGGGUGCUACCCUCGCAGGAUCACCGGCGGAAGUCAUUCGCCUACCCGCGAUGACAGCAACCUUUGGGGGACCCUCCAGCUUGGCAUGGCUGGAGCCAAGCGCGGUCUGGCCGAAGACUCACCGUCGCCGCAGAAGAAGCGUUGCAAGGAAGAAGUCGUCUUCCUCGACGACUAA